AUGAGUUUCUUAACAAAAAUACUGGGCGGAAAGAAGGAGGAGAAAGGACCGACUACUUCCGAAGCCAUAAUGAAUCUUAGAACAACCGAAGACAUGUUGAUAAAGAAACAACAGUUCUUAGAAAAGAAGAUAGACGAAGAAAUAGCAAUCGCUAAGGCGAACGGAACGAAAAAUAAACGAGCUGCGAUUCAAGCGCUCAAACGAAAGAAAAGAUACGAAAAGAAUUUACAACAGAUCGACGGUACAUUGGCGACUAUAGAAAUGCAAAGGGAGGCUUUGGAAGGAGCGAAUACUAACACAGCUGUGCUUCAAACUAUGAAGGGUGCUGCUGACGCAUUGAAGAAAGCUCACCAAAAUAUGGAUGUCGAUCAAGUACACGAUCUGAUCGACGAUAUUGCAGAACAGCAAGAUGUGGCUAGAGAAAUCUCUGAAGCUAUCAGUAAUCCUGUCGCUCUUGGUCAUGAUGUUGACGACGAUGAAUUGGAAGCCGAGCUUGAAAAAUUAGAACAAGAGGCUCUUGACGAAGAACUAUUGAAAGCAGGUCCUUCCGGUACCGAAAUUCAAGUACCUACCGAUGAACCAGUCAGUGUUCCGAGUCGAAAAGUGCCAGCCAAACGUAAAGAAGAAGAAGACGAAGAUAUGAAAGAAUUACAAAUGUGGGCGUCGUAAAAUUCGCUUAUGGUUUAUUUGCCUAAUCAAUUCGAGUCCAUAGAUUUCAUAUUACGCGUGUAUGCAAUUUUAUAUAUUAAUGUUAUAAUUAAAAAUUAAUUUAACGAAUUCAUUCGCCUUUGAAAAUGUAACACCAUCAUUUUCGUUUAUUUAUUGUACAAAAUUAGUAAGCUUACCUAAACGAUUUUUUUUCUUCAUUUUUUCAAGCUGAUUAAAGAAGUUCAAGAUUAUUAUGAUCAACGAUAACUAAACGAUAAAGUUUAAUAUUGCGAUAUUCUUUUGUACAUUUUUUUUUUCGUCAAAAAUAUUUGUUGCCUAUGACGCGACGAAAAAUUUUCUUAAACGAAUUCUAAAAUGUUGUAAAUAAUUACUGUACAUAUAUUUAUAUCUGCUCUUCGUCUUUGAAGUUAAUUUUUAAUUAGCUUUUAUUGUAUAUUGAAAUUUUUAUAAAGUUACCAAGCGAACGUAAGAGAGUUUCUUUUUUCUGGUGGCGUAAACGUACAAAAUUUACAAACUUUAGCUGAACCAAAAAAUGAGAUGAGAAUAACUCUGGAUGAUUUAAAAUGAUCGAUUGAUCUUUAUACUUAUAUGACACAUUGAUGAUUCAAAGUUCAUUUCAUUUAUUGGAAAUUGAAAUAUCAUACUGUAUGUAUUCGUCUACUAUUUCAUUUUAUCUAUCGUUAACUGAUGAAAAGUAUUUGGAAGAAUUUUAAUUUGAAGCCUAAUGUGAAAUGUUUACGUAAUUCGCGACUGGAAAAUUUGUGUUGAACGGAGAAUAAUAAUAUCGAUACUUGAUAAUCUUAUAUGUGCUGAAGAAUGAUUUUUAUUUGGGGUUUGAGUGUUCUGUUUUCCUCCUAUGAUAAUGGAACGUGUGUUUAAUUAUUUCUAUAAUGAGCCCUAUUUUUAUACAUUUUGUCUAUCGAACGCGACAAUUUCUUAAGCCUAUUAAUAUAUCUACUGAAAUUAUGCACGAGUAACGAUGUAUUUAUUUAUAACGUGAUUUAUCGUUAAAUUUUGUUCUUAGAUUGUACGAAAAAAUGUCUGAAAAAGGUCAUGAAAGAAGUCAUGACGCGGACGUAGUCAGAGAUAUCCGUCUGCUGAACAUAUUAAUAUGUUAAAUAUUUCGUUGUAAAUCGAAGUACAUAAGUACGCACGUAUUAAAUACUUUUUAAUAUUCAA